UUACUACCAAACACGCGAACUAACACUACUGCACGAGCAAUCCGCUCGACACACAGAAAAAUGGCCGGAUUGAGAUCAACUUGUAGUGGCGUUUAUUUUCCCGCGUGGACACAUUAAUGACGUGAUUAACUACCAUAAAUAAACAAAAAUACCAAGACCUCGAGAGCAAUCAAAGAUGAUGCAUCGACGCGGAGGCAAGAGGAUCCGAAUGGAUGAUCCUGUACCACCAGAGUACCAGGAACCAAUGACACCGAUGACGCCAAUGACUGAUAGUACGGACACGGCGGAUAAUUAUGGGGGUUAUUCAACUUAUCAAGCACCACAGACACCAAUUCACACUCCGAUCUCAGACCACUUGUCGGAAACUUACGGUUCUCCGAGUACGUCUCACCACCAAUACCAGGAUGCCCUCUCAAACGAGCCCCAGUUCGAGCAACCAGUGACUCCAGCUACCCCCAACAUGAGAAUAACCAGAAAUACUCGUGCCAGAAUGCGUGGAGGUGCAGUCAGCCAACCAAAAUAUCGAGAAGUUGACACGGACUACAUUCCUUCUCAGCCAGCUUCAAAGCCUCGAGGAGGUGGAGGUGGUCGAGGUCGUACUAAAAAAUUUAUCAUUCCUGCGACAUCUGAGGAUGAACAGAGCCUUUAUUUCGUCAUCAAGAAUAAUCGCAACUCCCUCACGAGUAUUGUUGACGAUUGGAUUGAAAAGUACAAGACAAAUCGUGGCAAUGCACUUCUCCUUCUGAUGCAAUUCUUCAUAAAUGCUAGUGGCUGCAAGGGAAAAAUCACUCCGGAUAUGCAGACGUCGAUGGAGCACGUGGCGAUUAUUCGUCGAAUGACUGAAGAAUUCGACGAAGAAAGUGGAGAAUAUCCUCUCAUUAUGACUGGACAACCGUGGAAAAAAUUUCGUUCAAAUUUUUGUGAAUUUGUGCAAAUUCUGGUGCGACAAUGCCAGUACUCCAUAAUCUAUGAUCAGUUCCUUAUGGACAAUGUCAUUUCUUUACUGACCGGUUUAUCAGAUUCUCAAGUUCGAGCAUUUCGUCACACAGCCACACUAGCUGCUAUGAAACUUAUGACAGCUCUAGUAGACGUGGCCCUCACGGUGUCGGUCAAUUUGGACAAUACCCAGAGGCAGUAUGAGUCGGAGAGGCAGAAGGCUAGAGAGAAGAGAGCAGCUGAUAGACUGGAAUCUCUCAUGUCCAAGCGCAAAGAACUCGAGGAGAACAUGGACGAAAUAAAGAACAUGUUGACAUACAUGUUCAAAUCAGUAUUCGUUCAUAGGUAUAGAGAUACACUCCCUGAGAUUCGGGCAAUCUGUAUGGCGGAGAUUGGCGUGUGGAUGAAGAAAUUUCAUCAGAAUUUUCUGGACGACUCUUAUUUAAAGUACAUUGGCUGGACACUUCACGAUAAAGUUGGUGAGGUCAGGCUAAAAUGCCUACAGGCACUGCAGCCACUCUAUGCAUCUGAGGAACUCAAAGCUAAGCUCGAGCUUUUCACAAGUAAAUUCAAGGAUAGAAUAGUGGCUAUGACCCUCGAUAAAGAGUACGACGUAGCAGUUCAGGCUGUUAAACUUGUGAUAUCAAUUUUGAAGCAUCAUCGAGAAAUUUUAACUGAUAAAGACUGUGAGCAUGUCUACGAGCUUGUUUAUUCCUCUCACAGAGCAGUUGCCCAAGCAGCUGGUGAAUUUCUCAACGAGAGAUUAUUCACUCCUGAUGAAGAGGCAGUUGCUGGAGUUAAGACCAAGAGAGGAAAGAAGAGAUUGCCUAAUACUCCUCUUAUUAGAGAUCUUGUUCUCUUUUUUAUUGAGUCAGAGCUGCAUGAGCAUGGGGCAUAUCUCGUGGACUCGCUCAUUGAGACAAAUCAAAUGAUGAAGGAUUGGGAGUGUAUGACUGAUUUACUCCUUGAGGAAGCUGGACCUGAGGAGGAGGCAUUGGACAAUCAAAAGGAGACGUCAUUGAUCGAGUUGAUGGUUUGCUGCAUCAAGCAAGCAGCUACGGGAGAGGCCCCUGUUGGUCGGGGCCCCACCAGAAAAAUUCUCUCAGCUAAAGAGCAAAAACAAGUCUCUGAUGACAAGCAGAGGCUCACUGAACACUUCAUUGUCACACUUCCUCUUCUUCUUGACAAAUAUCGUGCUGAUCCUGAAAAAUUAGCUAAUUUACUCGCUAUUCCUCAAUACUUUGAGCUCGACAUUUACGUCAAAUCCAGGCAGGAGAGAAACCUUGAGGCACUUCUGGAGAAAGUCAAGGGAAUUGUCGAGAAAAUGCAUGACACUGAUGUCUUGGAGACUGCAGCCAGAACACUGGAGUACAUGUGUGUGGAGACUCAUGCAAAAUUUUCACAGUGCGAUACUGCAAGAAGAACUCUUAUUGAUUCAAUCGUUAACAAGUUCAAAGAGGCCAUUGAUGAUUACAGAAAUCUCAUUGAUGGUGCUGAAACACCUGACGAGGAUGAAAUUUUCAAUGUUGUGCAAUCUUUGAAGAAGGUCGCCAUUUUUUACAGCUGUCAUGAUAUGAAUGGUUGGGAUAUAUGGGACCCUUUGUACAAAAAUAUUGAAGAUGCUAAGGAUCCCCAGAGGAGCUUUCCUGAAGAAGCAACUAAAUACUGCAUCAGUGGAUGUUUCUUCUCCAUUCUUUGGGGACAAAAUCAUUUACUUGAGGCCAAUGAUCUUGGAACGAGGGGAGAGGAUGAGGCCAGAGAUCUUUACAGAUAUUUACAUACUUUCAUGGAUGCUAUGAGAUAUUUUGUAGCUGGUGAGGGUCACAGAAUGGCCGUACCUCUUCGUGAAGAAGCCUAUAAUACCAUUUGCGAUCUUCUCGUAAUGUUUUGCAAUCAACUCAAUAGCAAUCCCAAUCCUCUCCUCCACAGACUUGUCUACGAGCCCGAUCAGGAUAUGCAGGACAUGUUGAAUAAAUUCAUCCAAGAUUACGUGUUCUUCGAUGAGGACGAGGAGGAUCAUGACGAGCACUCGAAGAUUGAGGAGCUGCACAAAAGGAGAAAUUUUUUGGCUAGCUAUUGCAAACUUAUUGUCUAUAACAUGAUACCAACAAAAUCAGCUGCCGAUGUAUUCAAGCACUACGUAAGAUACUACAAUGAUUAUGGAGAUAUAAUCAAGACCACUCUAGGGAAGGCCAGGGACAUAAAUAAGGUCAACUGCGCACUCACCAUGCAGCUGAGUCUCAAUAAACUUUACAACGAUGUUAUUUUGGAGAAGGGAAGCAGUAGAACUAUCGAUGACAUAACGCCCAUCAAAGAAUUGGCCAAGAGAUUUGCACUUUCGUUUGGGCUCGAUGCUGUGAAAAAUAGGGAAGCCAUUACUGCUCUUCACCGAGCUGGUAUUCUAUUCGCGAUUACACCGCCUGAUGGGGAAGAACUCGAUCCUACUGGACCACCACCAAAUCUUCCUUACUUGGAGAUUUUACUAGAGUUCACGAAUAAAUUACUGAGACAGGAUAAAAAAGUGGUACUGACGUUUUUAGAUCUUAAACUUCCUGCUGGAAUGCCCUCGUCAAGGGGUGAGGAUUGGCAGCCCUUGUUGAUGUAUAGAAAUAGCUUGCUGCACGGAGAAACCGAUCAGGUACCUGUUACCAGUAAGAGGGCGUAUACCAGACGUAAAAAGGAUCUGUUAAUUGAAGAAGAAGAUGCUGAGGAAGCUGAUGAGGGUUCUGAUCAUGAAUUUAUGGGUAUCUACUAACUGCUUUGCCAUUUGUGUCUGCGCCACGUCAUCCUCGCUCGCUUUUUCAUGCUUAUUCUUCAUUAACUUAUUAUGAUUUUUUAAGUCGUGAAUCGCGCCUUCUCAUUAAAUUAAUUUUUGGUUCAUUUCACGAUUCAGUUUUUCUUGCAAUAAACUGAUUUCAAUUGUUUUUUUUUUGCUACAUAUCUGGGAAUUGAAGGAAAAUCAUUGAAUUUUCUCAAUGACCGUUUUUUUCUUAGCCCAGUUGCGGGCUGCAGAAAUGGUCACGAUAAAAAUGUCUCUCAGAUUUGGAGAUAUUCAGUAAAAAAUAUUAAAUAAAAACCAACUGCUUGAGAAGUUUGACCGCUUUGCCACGGAAUGUUGUUUAAUUGUCUUUAACAUUUUUUUAUUCAUCACAUAAUUAACAAAUAAAAAUCGAUGGCUCAGUGCAAGAGGACUUUCGUUGUUGUUAAAUCCUCAAAUAAUUGUUUCAUCCUAAUUUUAGAAGGGAGAGGAAGAGAAAGAGAGAGAGAGAGAGAGAGAGAGAAAAUUGAUGAAUAAAUUUAAGAAAUCAGAACAAUAAUUUUGCAGGAAUCGAUGAAGCCCUCCUGCACCAGCCUGUCGAUAUCACAUUCACUUGAACAAAAGUUAAUGAACGAAUAAAUAUGAGAAAUAUGUAUCAGUGGAGCAUUAGGGAUGCUAUGGGAGCUCGAAAAAUGAAAUCGCAAGCCCCUUUUUUUAAAUCCUAAUCUAGAUUAGAAACAAUAUGAGAUGCUAAAUUGUAAUGAAAAAAUUAAUUUUUUAUAUAUUGAUGAUGGAUAAUGAAAGUAAAAGAUAUACUUAAUGUAAAUUGGUGUUUUAAUAAUACAAAAAUAUCUUGGAGUGAAA